AUGCCAUUAAGUCACAGUUUGAAAACCACACUACUCACGAUAUCAUGGUUACCCGUGCUAUACACCUUCACCAACCAUGUGUACCAGCCGUACCAAAUCACUGGGUCGUCAAUGACCCCAACGUUCAACCCAGGAACAUUCUCAACGGCAAAAGAUAUAGUGCUUGUACAAAAGUAUAAUAUAAAGACGAAGGAGAGCAAUAUAUCACGAGGCGAUGUCAUUAUGUUUCGUCUGCCUUUAGACCCCGAGAAGUUGUUGACAAAAAGAGUAGUGGGAGUUAAUGGAGAUGUCGUACUACCGUCUUCUGAUUACCCUAAGCUGGAGGUGAAAAUACCGCGAAAUCAUUAUUGGGUUGAAGGUGACAACCGGGUUCAUUCGAUUGACUCUAACGAGUUUGGUCCGAUUAGCAAAGGUCUAGUAGUGGGUAAAGUCGUUAUGAUCCUAUGGCCCUUGAGUCGGCUUGGUCAAACUUUGAGCAGACCUUGA